AUGUCAACAGUAUUCGAGAUUUUGAAUCAGUCAUUAAAGAUCAAGGAAACCCUCAAGCUUCAAGCUAUAGUUGUUGUGUUCGACCAAGCGUUAUAUGGUAAGGCCACCGAGAUAAAAUGGAAGCACACUGAGAGGUUUCAGAGUAUAGUUUUAAGAAUGGGAGUAUUUCACACCAUAUGUACGUUCCUGGGAAUAAUUGGAAAGAGAUUUCAGGAUGCUGGGUUGAAAGACAUUUGCAUAGAAUCCGGAGUCAUCACCGAGGGUUCCGUGUGUGGAGUUUUAGAAGGCCGGAGAUAUAACAGAGCUGUGAGGUUCCAUAAACUCAUGUACGAAGCCUUUAUGCGAAUGGCAUGGACGGGAUUUGAGAAUUGGUUGACAGAAAAUCAACAAAGUAAGAAGAGAGCGGUAUAUGACGCCGUUAAUGGACUUGCGAGUUUGUAUGACAAGAUUUGUGACACCGAGUUCCAAGACAAACUUAAAAGUCAAUCUUUCGUCGUGUUAACUGACCUUUACGACCAGUACAUGGACUAUCUUCGGUACAAGAACGGAAAUUUAUCACAGUUCUGGGUUUCCUACCUGGACAUGAUGGAGAUAUUGCUGGGACUACAAAGAGCGUCAAGAGAGGGUGAUUGGAAGCUCCAUUUGUCAUGCGUAAGGAACAUGGUACCGUGGUGUUUCGCAUAUGACAAUAUUAACUAUGCCAGAUAUUUCUUAGCAAAUGUGUUUGUAUGUGUACAAAGCUAAUAAGAAAUGAAUAGUUUGGAAAUCGUAGGUUCAAAGAAGUUAUGUCACAAUGGUUUUGUAUUACUUUACACCCCUAAGAACAAAUUAGAAUCGCAGAAAACCCUAAAGUAACGGUUCAGUUCUAUCGGCUAAAAUUACUCUACUUGCAUACCUCGACUGCAAGCCUAUGUCUUCGGCUCUAUUGUUCUCUCCUUGAUAAAAUCAUUCAAUAUCUCUUUUUUGAGUUUUAAGAAUGACAAGAUUUGAUGGACCACAGUUAAAAUUUCGGCUCAGCUUUGACCAAACACCUGUGGAACCAUGACAUGGCUCCUAUAAGAAUUCGAUACCUGGCACACUUCCAUUGAUUUAUUGCCCUAGCUGCCGAAUUAUAUGUUCAUCAGAAACGAUAAAACAAAACGCAGAUACUUAAAAUAAUUGCAUUUUAUUACAGGUAUCUUUCGUCGUAUUUGUCAGACAUGGCGCAUCUCGAAAACGACCAUCCCAGUGUUCUCGAGUAUUUGGAGUCAGGUGGAUUUGCCGUGCAGAUAGGAGAAAGUAACCCUUUCGGAAAAAUACCUGUGGAUCAAGCUUGCGAAGAAACCGUCGACAGAGACACGAAAACUCCGGGAGGUACAAAAGGAUUCAGUCUAAAACCCCAGGCUGUGAGCAAGUAUUACUUAGUAGCUGAGUAUAGAAGCAUUUUUAUGCGCAACUUAAAGGACAUGCUUCAACUAAAUACAUCAAGCUGUCUACACAAUGACCUCCAGAAGACCAGGAUCUCCAGAGACGAAAGUGAUGUGAAGUCAUUGCUAUCAAUAUUGGAUAGUUGGAUAAAUCCAUUUGCAAUCGAAAAACAAGAUCUUGUUUGUUUAUCCACCGGAUGGCAACCGAACAAAUCGAAAAAGAUCUUCUCGAGGCUCACGAUAUUGGUGAGAGAGCUUACCGCUGCUUCAGUCAACAGAGACUAG